AUGCCAUCCAAAUUCCAAGACCUCGACCCGGCCGGAGUGUCGCCGGAAGACCGCGUCAAUGCCAUGCGAGGAUACAAAGCCACAAUAAAGAACCCCCGCAACUCAGAGUCUGCAAAGCAGCAUGCGCACGAAAUGAUUGAUGCUCUCGGAGGCGAUGAGCCGCGCCGCGAGAUGAAGCAGUUUGACCAAGACAAGGAUCAGACGCGCAUUGCGGGAGGACUGAAAGCUUCAACAAAGAAUCCCCGAGUGUCCGAGGAAGGCAAGAAUCGAGCGCAGGAAAAGCUCGACCAGAUGGGGGCGCCUUCUGAGUAA